UCGAUUUUUUUUCGACUUCCCUACGACAAAAACCCGUCAACUCAUAGUGGUUUUUUGCGUGAAAUUAGCAUUGAAAAAUAGUUGGGCGUCUAUUUUAUUGCAUUUAAACAAAUUUUUGCGACCAAGAAUUUUCACAAUGGGUGAUGAUUACGAGCCAAUGGAGCCCAGCCUGCGCAAUAUCGUCGAGCAGACAUCACUUAAAUGGAUCUUUGUAGGUGGAAAAGGAGGUGUGGGUAAGACGACAUGCAGCUGCAGCCUUGCGGUGCAAAUGUCCAAAGUUCGUGAGUCAGUGCUUAUUAUUUCCACAGAUCCAGCGCACAACAUAUCGGAUGCAUUUGAUCAAAAGUUUACAAAGGUGCCAACAAAGGUCAAUGGCUUCACAAAUUUGUAUGCAAUGGAAAUUGAUCCCAAUGCUGGGCUUAACGAGUUGCCGGAUGAAUAUUUUGAAACCGAAAAUGAAGGACUACAUUUGAGCAAAGGUGUACUACAUGAAGUGGUCAAUGCGCUGCCAGGCAUAGAUGAAGCAAUGAGUUAUGCAGAAGUAAUGAAACUAGUAAAGGCAAUGAACUUUUCGGUAGUCAUAUUUGACACAGCGCCGACAGGGCACACAUUACGCCUGCUUUCCUUCCCGCAGGUCGUUGAGAAGGGUUUAGGAAAACUACUGAGGUUGAAAAUGAAGAUAGCGCCUUUCAUUUCACAAUUCGGUAGUAUACUAGGCAUGACAGACUUUAAUGCCGACUCGCUAACGCAAAAGCUGGAUGAAAUGCUAAAAAUCAUAAGACAAGUGAACGAGCAGUUUAGAAAUCCAGACCAGGCAACCUUCGUUUGUGUUUGUAUCGCUGAAUUCCUAUCACUGUACGAAACCGAACGUCUUGUGCAGGAGUUGACCAAAUGCGGCAUAGAUACUCACAAUAUCAUAGUCAAUCAACUGCUAUUUAAGAAACAAAACCAGGAGCCAUGCGCCAUGUGCGCGUCACGGUACAAGAUACAAGAAAAAUACCUGGAUCAAAUUGCUGACCUUUAUGAAGAUUUCCACGUCACGAAAUUACCACUGCUCGAGAAGGAAGUGCGUGGUGUUGAAAAUAUUAAAAAUUUUGCUGAAAACUUAAUAAAACCAUAUACUCCUAAUUGAUUUUAAGAUAAUCAGAAAUAUGUGUAUAUUAGCACUGUAGCAACGAAGUUUUGGUUUUAAACACAUCUUACGUAUAACUGCUAGUCGAUUAUACAAAAUGUUUGCAAAAAUCACAACUGUAUUCCAAACCGUAUACUUUGAUAUAUCUCAAUAAUUAAAUUGAAGUCAUAGCUAAAAAAAGUUAACUCAAUUUGUAAGGUAUGUAUUUAAAAUAAAGCUACAUUUACUUUUACAUUGUC